GUGGGGCUUUAAAAAGGCAGGGCCGGAGGUCUCGACAGCCACACACACUCCUGUGCGCCUGUGCCUCGGCUUUUUGGUUUUGGUGCGCUUACUCUGAAAGCCAGCUGUGUCUACCUCUUCAGCCUCCUCGGAUAAGAGAUGCAGAUGCCAAACUCUGGGGCCCCGAAUCUCCUGCUCAGCCUUCUGGGCCCCUUACUGUUGGCUGUUGGCCGGGCUGCAAUGGAAAGCCAAGAGCUGUAUGACCUAGAGAAGGAACCAGCCUAUUGGGACGCUCAGGCCAAGGCAACACUGGAUGCUGCGCUGAAACUCCGCCCCCGAGAUCACCAGGCCAAGAACAUCAUUCUGUUUCUCGGUGACGGGAUGGGCGUGUCUACAGUUUCUGCAGCUCGAAUUCUGAGAGGUCAGAUGGAGGGCAGGUCCGGCGAGGAGACCAUGCUGGCCAUGGACACCUUCCCAUAUUUGGCACUGUCAAAGACAUACAGUGUGGAUAAGCAGGUAGCGGACAGCGCUAGCACGGCUACAGCCUAUCACUGUGGUGUGAAGGCUAACGCUAAGACGGUUGGGCUAAGUGCUAACGCAGUGGCCUACGAGUGUAACACCACCUUCGGUAAUGAGGUGUACUCAGUGCUACGACGUGCUAAGGCACAAGGUAAAUCAGUUGGCGUGGUAACCACGACACGUGUCCAGCAUGCCUCCCCGGCCGCCGCUUACGCCCACUCUGUUAGCCGCAGCUGGUACAGUGAUGCAGAUCUUCCCUCCAGUGCACGCAGACAGGGCUGUGUCGACAUCGCAACACAACUAGUUACCAACGUUGACAUUGAUGUGAUUUUAGGUGGAGGGAGGAUGUACAUGACACCUAAAGGCACCCCAGACCCAGAGUAUCCUACCUCCAACUCUCGAAAGGGGGACCGCAGGGACAAGAGGAACCUCAUUGACGUUUGGCUAAAGGCUAAACCAAAAAAGAAGUCUCACUAUGUUUGGCACAGGAGGGAGUUUGAAGAGAUAAAUGUUAAGACUACUGACCGGCUCAUGGGUCUUUUUGAGCCAAAGGACAUGAGAUUCGAGGUUUUCCGGAACAGCACACGUGACCCCUCCAUAGUGGAGAUGACGGAGAAGGCCAUACGAAUCCUCAGCAAGAAUCCCAAAGGAUAUUUCCUGUUUGUGGAAGGAGGGAGAAUUGAUCACGGCCAUCAUGACGGCAUUGCUAAACUGGCCCUGACAGAAGCUGUGAUGUUCGACCGAGCCAUUGAGCGUGCUGCACAACUGACCAGAGAGUCAGAUACUCUUACUGUGGUGACUGCAGACCACUCCCACGUCUUUACUUUUGGUGGUAACACACCGAGAGGGAAUCCCAUCUUUGGUCUGGCACCAAAGAAAGCUGAUGACAAAAUGCCUUUCACCAGCAUCCUUUAUGCAAACGGUCCCGGCUAUGUGCAUAUAAAUGGAACCAGAGGGAACAUCACAAUGGUGGAUUACUAUGAUGAGGAGUACAUGCAACAGGCUGCUGUCCCGUUGGAUGCUGAGACACAUGGCGGGGAGGACGUGGCAAUCUACGCCAAAGGCCCCAUGGCUCAUCUAUUCCAUGGGGUGAAAGAGCAGAACUAUGUGGCGCAUGUCAUGGCGUAUGCCGCCUGUUUAGAACCCUACACGAACUGCCCUCCUCACCCCCACAGCCACACCUCGAAUGGGUCUCUGAACACAUCCUCAAGCCUCUUGUUUGGCCUGCUCGGACUCCUCUGGUUCCUCAGAUGACCCCCACCCCCCAAAACAAAGCAUAUAAAACACACCUUACAUAAAUACAUUUUAUGCACGCAGCAACACAACCAUUUGAAGGUGAAGACACACCUAAUGCAGGGAAUAACAUUUACAACACUUUGUCUAGCAGAUACAUACAUUCAUCCUGAUCACACAGUGUACUUUUUCAUGAGCUUUAAACCUAGAAAGCAUGUGAGAUUAAGGCUAAAAGUUGCUUGCAGAAGCUCCCAAAUGCAAAUUAACAAACAGGCCAGUACUGCAAGCUGGAACACAUGCAAAUAUGCAAACAUGAACACACACACACACACAGGCCUUUAAAAAUAAAUUGCGUGCAAAUGCAUCAUUAUGGAGCCAGCGGCAUUUGGAAUGAUUUUUACAAACAUGCAACAUGACAAGAAACUUGCACUAACUUAUUUUAUUAGUUAGUUAGAUUAAUUUUCAUCUUUUCAUUCUAAGUUAAAGUUGUGCGCGUGCUUGGUUCACUCAGAGCCAUCUUUGCAAAGGGCUGUUAUUUACUCAUCAAACAUUAGUCUGAGGCUUUAUCCAGAAUAACUUGAAAACAAGCAGGUUGGUUGUGGGCUCCCUGUUUAGCUUGUGUGAGCUCAGACAGGACAUUCAGCUGUUAACGUACAUAGUGGCAACUUAAUAAAUGACUGUAUGAUGGAAAAAGCAACGGGAGCAUGCCAUAAGCUGGGACACCAACAGACCAUACAGGGAAUUGUAAAAUGUACUGUGCCUGUUUCAGGAGUGCAAAAAUGUUCUUGUCAUUGCUACUAUUAAGUUUGUAUGUUAACCUUCUUUUGGUCUUGAAUACUAAAUAUAUUCUCUGUAAUCUAUAUAAUCUAUAUGGAUUGUACAUGAAUGUAUUUUAGAAGCACAUUUUAUAAAUGUAUUUUUAUAUUGUGUUUUUGCAAAUGAUAAGGAUAAAAAUUACACCUUUUC